AUGUUACGCUUUGCCGUAUUUCUGUAUCUGUGUACCGCAGCCGUCCUGUGCAGUGACGGUUCCUGCCCACCCACUCUGCCAGUGGACGUGUGCCACGCGGCGUGUGGACCUCAAAGGCCGUGCGACAGCCCUCAGCUGUGCUGCCCCACCUCCUGCGGUGGUUCCCUCUGCGUGGACCCUAUGACUCAAAGGCACUUCGUCGAUUACAUGAAGAAAGGCAGUUGCCCCGAGUAUCCGAAGGGUCCUUGGAUGUGCAGUCACACUUGCACGACCGACUCCGACUGCGCUCGUGCCCUCAAAUGCUGUCGAAACAGAUGCGGAGUCUUCACUUGUCAGCAGCCACGACUUAAUGAGACCACGGCGCCU